UGGAUGCCCUACAGUGUCCUGGACGAUGAGAGUAGUAGUCUUCGACAACAGAAACUCGACAGGCAGCGCGCACUUUUAGAGCAGAAGCAGAAGAAGAAGCGCCAGGAGCCCCUCAUGGUCCAGUCUAAUGUGGACGGCCGGGCGCGAACCCGCAGGAUGAAGCAGUCAGAGGAGCAGGCGCCCCUGGUGGAGUCGUAUCACAGCAGCAACAGCAGCACCAUAUACCACGUACAGGAGGCCGAGCAGGAGGAACCGCAGGUGGUAACAGAGACACAACCUCCAAAAUCUACCAAAAAAGCCAAAGCGGCGGGCGCAGCAGCCAGUUGCCCGUCUGGCAGUGCCAGGAAGGAAAAAAAGGGAAAGCAGAAAGGAAUCGACGGUCCGGCCGCUUUCCAGGACGAAGCCCCAGACACGGGGAGCCACGUACAGAUCCUGACGGUGGGACAAUCCCCUCAGGAGGAGGAUGAGAAGGAGAACGCGACCGGCGGACAAACGCAAAGCAAGCAGGACCUGAGGGUGACCAUGCAAAAGAAAGGUAUAUCCAGCAGUAUGAACUUCGAUGAGGAAGGAGAUGAGGAAGAUGAAGACAGCUCGAGUUCCUCCCAACUGAACAGCAACACCAGGCCCGGCUCUGCCACCAGCAAAAAGUCUAACAAGGAGAGCGCCGCGGCACCGAGCCCCCAGACCAACGAACCGCCUAUCGACGUGGAUGAUCUGGAGGAGUUCUCGAUGCGGCCGGCCCCUCAGGGAGUCACCAUUAAGUGCAGGAUCACCCGGGACAAGAAGGGCAUGGACCGGGGCAUGUACCCCACCUAUUACCUCCACCUGGAGAGGGAAGACGGCAAAAAGAUAUUUCUAUUGGCCGGGAGGAAAAGGAAGAAGAGCAAAACGUCCAAUUACCUCAUCUCCAUCGAUCCGACCGACCUCUCCCGGGGAGGAGAGAGCUUCAUCGGCAAGCUGCGAUCAAAUCUAAUGGGUACAAAGUUCACCGUCUACGACAACGGGGUGAACCCAGUGAAGACGCCCUCCAGCCUGGAGGCCAGCAAUCUACGGCAGGAGCUGGCGGCCAUCUGCUACGAAACCAAUGUCUUAGGCUUUAAAGGACCACGAAAAAUGAGUGUGAUUAUUCCGGGGAUGAACAUGGACCACGAAAGAGUUUCUAUAAGACCCAGAAAUGAACACGAGACCCUUCUCUCCCGAUGGCAGAACAAGAGCACGGAGAGCGUCAUCGAACUGCACAACAAAACGCCCGUCUGGAACGAUGACACCCAGUCCUACGUCCUGAACUUCCACGGGCGCGUCACGCAGGCUUCCGUGAAGAAUUUCCAAAUUAUACAUGACAACGACCCGGACUACAUUGUCAUGCAGUUUGGCCGCGUAGCAGAGGACGUGUUUACAAUGGACUACAAUUACCCCAUGUGCGCCCUGCAGGCGUUCGCCAUAGCCCUGUCCAGCUUUGACAGCAAACUGGCCUGCGAAUAACCAGGAGAAGAAUCCUCCUGAAAAACCAACAACAAAAAAACAACAACCCGCGGCCGCCUACUUGUGUCUUACUCUCCCUGUUCUACGGGCCCAAAAGACUUUGAUCAUACAGUGUAUUUUGUUCUGUUGCCAUAUGUGAAGAGGGGGAAAAAAAAAAUGUAGUGUUUACACACGGCUAUAUUUCUAUUUCUGGGAAGUCUUUUUGUAAAUAGGCGUGCGUCCGCUCGCCGAGCGUCUUGUGAUACUUUCCUUGGGGGAACGUCAAGCUGGUGGCACCCGGCGUGGAAACGGUCGUUCUAUUUUUGUAUUUGUUUUUUGUCGGAGAGCUCGAUGGGUUUGGUGAGGGGGGACCCGGAGCUUUAACCAAACCCAUGGACCGGGGGGGGGACGCAAUGCCACCGACCUGCUAAGCAGCUGACCCC